UGAAACUCAGUCAUGUCACACAGCUAGGAUACAAACCAAUAGAGCAGCUAUGGUCCUUCCAAGAAGAGACGCAAUAUUACUCUUCCUGUGUGUUAUUACAGUUCCAUUUGCCACAGCUGGUCCUAGUUUUACAGUGGACUACAAAAAAGACUGUUUCCUCAAAGAUGGGGAACCCUUCCGUUACAUUUCUGGCAGUAUCCACUACAGCAGGGUCCCUAGGGUCUACUGGAAGGAUCGACUGCUGAAGAUGUACAUGGCUGGACUCAAUGCCAUUCAAACGUACAUACCAUGGAACUUCCAUGAGCCCACUCCAGGCCUCUAUGACUUCACGGGAGACCGGGACCUGCCGCACUUCCUGCAGUUGUGCCAGGACAUCGGCCUGCUGGUCAUCCUCCGGCCGGGCCCCUAUAUCUGCGCCGAGUGGGACAUGGGGGGAUUGCCUUCCUGGCUGCUGAAAAAGAAAGACAUUGUCCUUCGCUCGUCAGAUCCAGGCUACAUCACAGCUGUGGACAAAUGGAUGGGCAAGCUGUUGCCUAUGAUUAAGCCCUUCCUCUAUCAGAAUGGAGGACCCAUCAUUACAGUCCAGGUGGAAAACGAAUACGGGAGCUACUUCGCCUGUGACUACAACUACCUCCGGCACCUUGCAAAGCUAUUUCGCUCUCACCUAGGGGAGCAGGUGGUUCUGUUCACUACGGAUGGUGCAAGCGUAGGCUACCUGAAGUGCGGGGCAUUGGAGGGCGCCUACGCAACUGUGGACUUUGGGCCUGGUGGCAAUGUUACUGCAGCUUUCGAAGCACAGAGAUAUGCAGAAGCACGUGGCCCUCUGGUGAAUUCCGAGUUCUACACAGGGUGGCUGGAUCACUGGGGAGAGCCUCAUUCUGUGAUCCCCACAGCAGUUGUGGUCAAAUCCCUCAAUGAGAUGCUGGAAAUCGGAGCUAAUGUAAACCUAUACAUGUUUAUUGGUGGAACCAAUUUUGGUUAUUGGAAUGGUGCCAACUCACCCUAUGCUCCUCAGCCCACUAGCUACGAUUAUGAUGCCCUCCUCACUGAGGCUGGAGACCUCACAGAAAAAUACUUUGCCGUUCGUGAUGUCAUUAAAAUGUACAAGAAGAUUCCAGAUGGAGUGGUGCCCCCGUCUACACCUAAAUUUGCAUAUGGACCAGUAGAGAUGAAAAAGUUGCGGACAGUUUCUGAAUCUCUGGACAUUCUAUCAUUUUCUGGACCUGUCAAAUCUCCUUACCCACUCACCUUUGUCGAGCUCAAUCAGGCAUUUGGCUUUAUGCUUUAUCAGACUACACUUCCUAUAGACUGCUCAAAGCCUACUCCUCUGUCUUCCCCUUUUAAUGGAGUGCAUGACCGGGCCUAUGUCACCAUUGAUGGGGUUGUUGCUGGCAUCCUGGAGAGGGACAAAGCCAUCAGCAUCAACGUAACAGGCAAAGCUGGCAGCCAUAUCCACAUCCUGGUGGAGAACAUGGGAAGGGUGAACUAUGGCAAAGGCAUCAACGACUUCAAGGGCCUGGUGUCCAACCUGACCCUUGGUGCAGACACGCUAACUAACUGGACAGUGUACAGUCUGAGCAUAGACGAGGCAGUGAGAGACGGCCUGAUCUGGGAGGCUGGCGUUCGUCGGGCGUCCUCUUCUGCUAACCCGUCUCCUCCACCUGCAGCCCUCUCCCAGCCCACGUUUUAUGGCGGCACCUUCCAGAUCCCAGACGGCAUUCCCGAUCUCCCUCAGGACACGUACCUCCAGUUCCCUAACUGGAGCAAGGGCCAGGUGUGGAUCAAUGGAUUUAACCUUGGUCGGUACUGGCCAUCCCGUGGGCCCCAGGUCACCAUCUUUGUGCCGGCCCAUGUGCUCAGCACCAGGGCUGUGAACAACGUCACCAUCCUGGAGCUGGAGGCAGCCCCCUGUUCCCCCGGCCCCUGUGUGGUCAAGUUCACAGACACCCCCAUUAUAAAUGCCACUGUCAAGGCCAUCACACCGUGCAUGAGGGAACCACUGAACACACAGCAUCACAGCUGGCUACACUGAUUUAGUCCCUGCAGUGGUUCUAAUGUUUGGAUCUCAGGGGAAGUGGAUUCUACAAUAUUGCUACCAUCUUCUGCUAAUUGAGCCAUCAUUUAGAAGAAAGUGAAUAAACUUAUGCGUUUUACACCAUUAUGUAGUGGACUACGCAUAUUCAGCCAUUGUGUUUGUACAUCAUCGGAUAUAAAACUGUUGAAUGAAAUUUGUAUAUAUUUUAACAGGAAAGCAAAAUAGUGCAAUCUGAAUGUUAUUUCUGAAUUGUGUUCUUAAUGAAUGUCCCCUUAGCAGUGGGAUGAAAAGUCUGGAAGUCAUGUAUUAUGAUACCUCUUACAGACUGCAUUUGUGAUUUCACCAGUGAGGCUGUGGUUAACACAGGCUUAUUAUAAUGGUUUUUAGAUGACUGUGUCAAAAUCUGUUAUCGCUGUUCCAAUUGCUGUAUGCAGUUAUUUCUUCUAAUCAUGGUGGAAUUAUUCACUGUUGUUUCUAUACAAUGUGCUUUUGAGUUAAAUCAGGAAUUUUGUGAAGGCUUGAUUUUUGGAGGUACAUCAUGAAUUUUGCCUGUUUUAACUUUUCUCCUGGAGCAAUGUGCAAUAAAUUGUACUAGUUUUAGGAAUUCAAUCUCCAUGUCCUAAUCAAUUUAAACAGUUUUGGGCAUUUUAUUUAAAGCAAAUUACUACAGAUUAAAAUUGAAAUAAUUUAAAAUUGAAAACAAUUGAAACAAUUUUCCACAGUUUAUACUAAAACUAGUUGACUUUAACUCUGUGCGUAUUCUGGACAUGAACCCUUGUGUCGUUUUAAUCUCUAAGCAACUUUUAAUAAAUCUUGAUUUUCAAUAAA